AUUACUGAGACAGCGAUAGUCUCAAAAACUCACCUAUUUUUCUCUCUCUCUCUGAAAAAGAUUUGAAUCUUUUGUUUUGGUUUUUUGCACAAUUGAAAAUAAAAGGCAUGACGUCAUAUUGUUACCGGAUAACCGCCGGGGCGGGCGUGUCGAACCGACCAAUUCGGCUGAGCAGGAUGACGACGUCAUCGUCACGGACGGUUGAGAUUUCGCGGCUCCCUCAGAAUUAUUGCUCGAAUCAUCAUCAACGGUCAAGAAUGGAGUUGAGAUCGAGGAAGAUUAUUAGAGCGGCGGUGGUGGAGGCGGUAGGACCGUGCGGCGAUGGGGAGGAUAAGGCUGCGGCGGUGGAGAAUUUGUCUUCGUUGACGACGGAGGAGGAGAGCGAGAGCGAUCAGGAUCGGACUGCGGAAAUAGAAUCAGAAGAAGAGAAUGAGGAGAAGAGGAAUAAGAGAAUGGAUCAGAGUCAGAAGGUGAAGGUGGUGGUGGCAGCGGCGGUGACGGUGGUGAUGGGAGUAGGGAAUCGGGUGUUGUAUAAACUGGCCUUGGUUCCGUUGAAGCAAUACCCGUUUUUUCUCGCUCAGCUCGCCACUUUCGGAUAUGUAAUUGUAUACUUCUCCAUAUUGUAUCUCCGAUACCAUGCUGGCAUUGUUACAGAUGAGAUGCUUUCCUUGCCAAAGGCUCCAUUCCUUGCUGUUGGUCUCUUGGAAGCCCUUGGUGCUGCUACUGGAAUGGCAGCUGGAGCAAUUCUUUCUGGAGCAUCAAUCCCAAUUUUGUCUCAGACCUUUCUUGUGUGGCAAAUUAUUCUGUCAACUGUUUUUCUUGGAAGGAGAUAUAAAGUCAACCAACUACUUGGAUGCUUUCUUGUAGCCAUUGGUGUAAUCAUAACAGUGGCAAGUGGAUCUAGUGCUGGACAUUCAUUGAAGGAAGCUGGUAUAUUUUGGAGUGUUUUGAUGGUAGUUUCAUUUUUAUUUCAAGCGGCUGAUACGGUGCUAAAGGAAGUAAUCUUUUCAGAUGCUGCCCAACGUCUAAAGGGAGGUUCAGUAGACCUAUUUGUUGUAAAUUCCUAUGGAUCUGCCUUCCAAGCCUUCUUUAUCUGCCUUCUUUUACCUUUUCUGUCAAAAUUAUGGGGUAUUCCAUUUAGUCAACUGCCAAAUUAUCUUAAAGACGGUGCUGCUUGCUUUCUGAACAUUGGAACUUUGUCAAGUGGAUGUGAUGGUGCUCCACUGCUACCUUUGCUGUUUAUUGUUGUCAACAUGGGUUUCAACAUAUCAUUGCUCUAUCUGCUCAAGAUCUCUUCUGCUGUAGUUUCUAGCCUUGCUUCCACAUUUUCAGUGCCAAUAUCUGUUUAUGUGUUCACGUUGCCGCUACCCUACCUUGGUGUUGCAUCAUCCCUUCCUACAGGCUUUGUUGCAGGAGCCAUAAUUCUCGUUAUGGGCUUGCUCAUCUAUUCUUGGACACCAUCAGUUCCCACUAGCGCCUCGCCAUCGCUUCCCAAUUAGAUUAUGAUCAUUAUUACUACAGCCAUUGUUGCUCAUAAGUGCAACAGGAAAAAAUUGAGGAAGAGGAAGACAGAUUCUAUUUGUAAUUGUAAUUUUGUUGCAUGGAAAUGAAAAUUUGCAUUUUGGGGUUUUCUUUUUUUGGUGAAAGUAGGUAGGGGGUUGAGAAUUUGGUGUAAUUUUAAUGCCAACAAAAGAGCAAAGAAGAGUGAACCAUAACGGUUGGAUAAUUGAGAAAAUAUUGCAUUGUGCACCUUUUUAUUUA